CCCAGCAGGCCUUGAGCGCGGGAAGAUGGCGGCGUCCAGGUGGAGGUCUUGAAGAGAUCGGAUCGGUAUGGCGUUGGCGUCGAGGUCAGCAAGGCUGGCGCUUGCUCGGCCCGGGCGGCUCGGUCUUGGGAGCUGCGGGGCCCCAAGACGCGGGGCGUACGAGUGGGGCGUGCGCUCCACGCGGAAGCCCGAGCCUCCUCCCCCGGACAGGGUGUACGAGAUUCCUGGACUGGAGCCCAUCACCUACGCGGGGAAGAUGCACUUUAUGCCCGGUCUGGCGCGGCCAGUCUUCCCGCCCUGGAACCCAGGCUGGACGCCCCCGAAGUUCCGCCGCUUGCCCCCGCUUCACGAGCACCCGCUGUACAAAGACCAGGCCUGCUACGUCUUCCACCAGCGUUGCCGCCUCCUCGAGGGUGUAAAGCAGGCUCUGUGGCUUACCAAGACCAAGUUAAUAGAAGGCCUUCCUGAGAAAGUGCUUAGCCUUGCUGACGAUCCAAGGAACCACAUAGAGAAUCAAGAUGAAUGUGUUCUGAAUGUGAUCUUUCACGCUCGUCUCUGGCACUCUACUGAAGACAUCCCCAAGAGAGAGACGUACUGCCCAGUCAUUGUGGACAGUCUGAUACAGCUGUGUAAAUCCCAGAUUCUCAAGCAUCCUUCUCUGGCCAGACGGAUCUGUGCCCAAAACAACAUGUUAUCCACCACCUGGAAUCGAGAGUCUACUCUUAUUCAGGUCCAUGGUUCCAGUGGAGCCCAACUGAAUGCCAAGGAUCCUCUGCCCCCCAUAGCCUCCCAAGAGGAAGUAGAAGCUACUAAGAAUCAUGUUCUUGAGACCUUCUAUCCCAUAUCUCCCACUGUGGGUCUUCAGGAAUGCAAUGUUUAUGAUGUGAACGAUGACACAGCUACACCUCAGUCAGUCCCUACUGUCUCUCAUCCAGCCUGUUACCACAACCUCUCGACAGGAUUCCGGGAGGGUUAUCCUUACCCAUAUCCCCAUACCUUGUAUUUGCUGGAGUCAGCCAAUUUACGACCACACCGCUUUCAACCAGAUCAGCUGCGGGCCAAGAUGAUCCUGUUUGCCUUUGGCAAUGCCCUGGCUCAGGCUCGGCUCCUCUAUGGGGACGACACUAAGGUUUUGGAGCAGCCAGUAGUCGUGCAAAGUGUGGGCACUGAUGGACGUGUCUUCCAGUUCCUGGUGCUACAGCUGAACACCACAGAUCUGGCCUCUGAUGAGGGUGUCAAGAAUCUAGUCUGGAUAGACUCGGAUCAGCUCCUCUAUGAGCAUUUUUGGUGUCUCCCGGUGGUCAGAAGGAAGGCAGUUGUGGAACCUGUUGGGCCGACUGGUUUCCAGCCAGAGACAUUCAGGAAGUUUUUAGCUCUGUAUUUGCACGGUGCUGUGUGAGCCAAGGACCGUUCUGAGGCCUGGAGCUCCCUGUGCCCCUCUCCCCCUGAGGGUCCUGGGGCCUGGGUGGUGCCUGGGGCCUGCUCGGAGCCCAGUGCUCCUCUGGCUGGUGGUCUCACUGACAAUAAAGAGCCUUCUGGUGCA